AUGGACAAACUCGCGCGUCUAAUCCGGCCACCGCCAGUGGAAGCUCGCAAGUGGGCAAAUGACAAGGGAGACUACGAAAACGCCCGGGAUAAGAUCAAGCAGAUCAUAAAAUUCCACCACAUUCGCACCGUCGGCACUGUCCUCGCUGUCAAUUAUCGAGACCCGUCUGGCUGGGACGGGCAACAAAACCGCAUCUUGAUCAUCACCGCCGUUUGGAGUGAUGAUGACGGCUGGCACCACCAAGCGAGAGAACUCCAGCAUGCGUUUCCCGAGCGGCCUGGGACCUACACCAUUAACGGUCUUGAAUGGUGCUACACGCCACCUCAGGGCGAUGUGGACCUACCCGAGUCAAAAGACCUCGUGGAGCUGCUGGGCCCGUUUUCGCGUAUAUGUCCGGUGGUCAUCGUGAACCCGAGUGCGCGAGAGAUUCGCGAGGUUCUCGGCAAAUGCCCCGUUGGUGGCUGUGUCAAUGGACUUGUGUAUGCCAAACGCGAGGAGCUACGGGAUCAUGAGCGUCACUCCAAUCUCGUCAUUUCCUGCGACAGCGACUUUGUCUCCGACGUGGGCACGAGCUGCCAGUGUUGCGUCGGCACGUCUGCCGCGAGGGAGGAUGCCGCGUUCUUCACCACGUACGAUGCCGGUCCGAUCCGCCAGUCUUGGAUUGCGGAGCGUUACAAUACGGUGAAUGAAUCUCGGGCAGCUGUCGGCUACGAGCCUGUGCAACCUCACUGGCGAGACUGGGAAUUUAAUCUCGAUCGGCCUAGUAGACACGGUGGCACCGGCCGUCUCGUAAAGCAAGCGACCAUCAAGUCCUUUCGGCGCGACCUGGACAGUACCGCAUGGUUGACCAAGUCUGAAAACGGCAAACCUGUCGAGUGCUCAAUCUGCAAGGAGCUGCUCGUUGAUGGGCGCUGUCAGCAUUUGACAGUGCUGCCAUGCAGCCCCGUAGAGCACAUCUUUCAUUCUGAGUGUGCCGAGAGAUGGUUGAUGAUGAGCGCCUCGUGUCCAAUGUGCAGGGCGAGAGUGGCGAAGUAA